AACAGAAAUUAGAAGGAGUAAGGAAGCAAUUAGAGUGAGCAUCAAAGCUUAGCUACAUCUGUUUUCUGUUAAAUGUGUAAAGAAUUGAAUCUACGAUAAAUAACAAAGGAAACAGAAUUUCAACCCUUUGUUGUGUUUUGUGAUUCAGAGACUGUUGGAUUAAGUCUGAAGUCAGGAUCUUGAAGUUUCAGCAUGAUGAGUCGUCCGCAGAGCUUCAUAGAAGGUGAAGCUCCUGACUUUCAGCAUGCAAAAUCAAAGAGAGGGUCAAAGGUCACCACAGAGAGAGUGGCACUGGUGGUUCUCUGUAUCCUGCUGGCAGCUGCUCUCAUCGUUAUUUGUUGUCUCUCGUCUGACAAAAUUAGAACGAACAAAGAGCUCGAAAACCUGAAACAUCACAAAAUGAAGUGUGAAAGUAAUCUGACAGAGUCUCUCGCUAAGAUAAAAUCAUGCAGCACGGUGCAGCCGACCUGUCCAGGACCUAAAGUAAUAAAUGGUCCUUGUUAUAUAUGUGAAGAAGGCUGGGAGCUACAUGGAGGAAAGUGCUAUUACUUCUCCAACAAUAAAUCAUCCUGGAACGAGAGCAGAGAUGAGUGUAGAGCUAAAAGAGGAGACCUGGUUAAGAUAGACAGCAGAGAGGAGCAGACUUUCCUGGAGAGAAGACUGAGAGAUGUAAUGACUGAAGUUCAGGACAAGUUCUGGAUCGGACUGACAGACUCAGCAGUAGAGGGCAGAUGGGUGUGGGUGGACGGAUCACCACUGAAUGAAAGUUUGGAGUUUUGGAGCAAAGGUGAGCCAGACAAUUGGAAAAGUGAACAUCCUGAUGGAGAGGACUGUGUGAGGAUGGGGGAAAAAGGCGGAGCUAAAGAUCUGAAGUGUUGGUUUGAUGCAGUUUGCUCAAAGCCUCACAGAAGUAUUUGUGAGAAAGCAGGAUAUGGAGGACAGUAUAUAUGUUCCUUAAAUUGACAUAUGAAACACCAGAACGAAGUUGUUCAAACAGAAAUAAAGUGAACAUAGAAAACA